AUGGCGGAAGUUCCUUCAGAUCUGAUGAAUUAUUCAUAUGAUCCUUCCGCUCCAUUGCCUACAGGGAAAGAAUCGAGAGAUCACGUAAUAAGCAAAGGGCCAUGCCAGCCAAAGAAUAUUUCUUUUCCGGAAGACAAGCGAAAACGAAAAUUUUCGGCAUCUUGGUACGAUAAAUUUAAGUGGCUGGAAUAUUCAGCGGCUAAGAAUAAAGCAUUUUGUUUCUAUUGUAGAGUCUUUAAUUCCCAGGUAUAAAACGUUUAGUACAUUAGUGAUCGUGUAUUAUAAGUUGUUUAGCUGAAUUUGUCAAUGUAUGACAUUAGUUUCCAAACAUUCUCAUUUUUUCAAAUGGGGAAAAAUAAUCUACUCAGUUUGUCUAUAAAUGGCUGCAUGGCUAUAUAUAAUGUGUUUAGGUUGCAUCAAAAGGUGACCCAGCCUUCAUAAAGGUUGGAUUUGGAAAUUGGAAGAAAAGCGAAGUUUUCUCGAAGCAUGAAAAAUCAGAUUGCCAUCGGCAUUCCAGCCAAGCAUAUCGUCAAUGGAAAUAUCAAAAACCAGUGGAUCACCAAAUUAGUGAAGAAGCGGCGAAGCAAGAAUCGUAUCGCCAGCAAUUGGUUAGACAUGCAAGAGAUGUAUAAAUAUUUGUACAAACAUGUUUACCUGAUAUUUCAAACUUAAAGGCCUGAGGUACUACUUUCUCGAUUAAGAUAUUGACAUGUUGCACAUGAAUUAUGUUUUAGGUGAGAACAAAUAGAAGUGUCAUUGGCAAAAUAUUUGAUGUCGUUCGAACUGUUGGCAAGCUGAACUUGCCUUUCAGAGGGCGUCGUGAGGAUGAGCAAUCAAUGAAUAAGGGUGUAUCUAAAGAAUUUAUUACUCAUAUUGCUAAAAGCGACAUAGUGUUACAGAAUCAUUUAACUACCUCUCCUGGUAAUGUAAAUAAAUUCCAUAAUUUUUGCACUUUUAUACCAACUACUCCUAUAACUAAUGACUUUAUUGACUUGAUACAUAAACAUACAUACAUACAUAAUACUUUAUUACUUGAUGCUUGGUUAAUUUGUAGACAGUGCAAAAUACACCUCGCCUGAAAUUCAAAAUCAGAUGAUAGCAAUUCUUGGCUCUAGCAUUUUGAAUGAAAUUAUACGACGAGUUAAAGAGGCAAAGUUUUAUGCAAUAAUUGCCGAUGAAACACCGGGUAUGAGCCAAACUGAACAGUUGUCAUUGCUUGUACGAUUUGUUUGGAAUGGCGAAGUUGAGGAACAUUUGCUGGCGAUGAUGCCCAUGAAUGAAACAACAGCAGAAGCUCUUUUUGAGGCUGUCACCCAAAAGCUACAGCAACAUGGAAUAGAUGUUGCUCACUUGCGUGAACAGUGUUACGACGGUGCAAACAAUGUAGCAGGAGUGCACACUGGCCUGCAAGCACGAAUCAAAGAGGUUUCACCUUCUGCUCUCUAUACUCAUUGCUAUGCACAUAUUCUCAACCUUGUCAUUGUGGACACAAUGAGCAAAAACAAGAUUGCCCGAGAUUUCUUUGGAACGUUACAGAACUUGUAUGUCUUUAUCCAGUCUUGCCCAAAGCGACAUAGUGUUUAUGUGAAGAAUCAGAGGGAAAUUAAUGCCCAUGCCGGAGGAGGAGAAAAAAGGGAGUAUACCCUUAAGAAGCUAUCUGAUACCAGAUGGGCUUGUCGUGCAGACAGUAUAGUAGGAAUACACCGUACUUUAGAUGCUGUAAUUGCAACGCUGAAGGAGGUUAGGGAAAAUGAAACAAAGGCGGCCAUUGCAGCUGAGGCAAAGGGAUUGCUGCAAAAUGUUCAAGACUUCGAAUUCAUUGUUGCUCUAGAGGUAAUUUGAAUAAUUGAACUGUUAUUUGUUUUAAAAAAUAUGCGUAUAAUGAAAACUGUUCUUUUUAAUUUGUUCUAUUUUAUCGCAAGGUGCUAAAAAAGUGCUACAUCUUAGUAAAGGGGUUUCAGACAAGCUUCAGUCCGAAAGCCUCGACGUUGUUUCAGGAUGUGAGAGAGUAG